GGCGUCAUCUACACAGUAUGGCUUGGAUUCCUAGUGCAAACAUAAUUAAGUUUGGACGGUUUGUGGACCGCUAUGGCCUCCAACCCUAUGUCGCCCCCGUCGGACGUCAUUUCUGUCAAAACGACCUAUUGUCCGUGGGCAUUAAAUGAGAGCGUAGGAUUUCCCUUUUCAUCCCGAACGCUUGUCAACCAUCAAGCAAAUCCGCCCGUACCGUGCCUAUUGUUCUCCAGACCGCAUACUAUUGUUUUGGUCACUUGAAUAGGAUACUCUACAAUACACAAUGGAACAAAGGAAAGACGAGGCCCCGGCCACCUCCCCAAAGGGCCCAAGGCUACGAAACAAACUCCAGAAGUGCGUCUCGAGACAAUCAAGCAACAACCGUCAGCAGGAGAGCCCAAGAGCGUUGAAUCCGGUCGUCACACUCGUACCCCGCGCUCUGAUAGACGACGACCCGACAUCUUUGACACAACCUCGCACGGCACCAUCACCGCCGAGUCGUAAUAUACAGCCGACAUAUUGCACUCGAAGAGAGUACGACCCAUAUCAGCGCGACCGUCCUCUUGAGUCGCCGGACCUCCUGAAACCUGAGACUUAUAGGACCCCCGCCAGUCCUGAGUUUCCGCAACCCAUCCGCCGCAAUCCGCCGCCGCCACCUUCACCUAGUUCGGACUUUGUGCCCGCCAGCCCCAACAUGAGAUACCGCACAAAACCGACGUCCACGUCCUCGGUCAGCCAGCCGAAGGCGCCCCCGGGAACUCCCAACACCCUCUACAGGACGUCGAGCGUGGAGCUCAUCGCAGAGCAAUACAAUGCGGUGCUCGAGUCUCGAUACUCUCCCGAGCAUUCGGACGGCUCCGAGCCGCCGCUGACGCCACAAGCCAGCGAGGCUGACGAACCGGUCAUAUUCCGACGACGGCGCAGCUGGGACUAUCACCAGAGCGAAACCUCCAGCCGCGACUCGCCACACAUGGCCGAGCUCCCCGAGCGCUCGCCCAUUUCGGACGACGGCACCCUCGUCUCGUUCCAAGGCGACGCCGUCUACUUCAAGCCGCUCUCCUGCUCGCCCAAGCAGGCGCCGCUCCUGUUCUCCCCCCAGUCGGAGCCACCACCGCCGCCGAGCGUGCCGCUGAGCCUGAGCCGGCAGCAGACGAGCAGCGCGGACGACAACGACAACGACAACAACAACGACAACGACGACGACGACGACGACGACGACGACGACAGCCUCGGCCUGCAGAUCAGCCUGGACCUGCUGACGCACGACCUGUCGUCGGCCAUCGCGGGCCGCCGCAGCCGCCGCCCCUGCCGCCCGUCCCGGGCCACGUCGGCGCUGCAGGUCUGGGUCAUGAUCGAGGCGUACGAGCGCAUGCGCGACCAGAUGGCCGAGCUCAGCCAGAGCGAGGAGCGGGCCAGGGCCAUGCGCGACAUGUUUGACUUGUGGCUGCGCGCGCUUUAUGCGGUGCAUGGCGACAUGUCGAGGGGGGCGAGGGAGGAGGAGGGGUCUUCUGGUGGGGCUGGGGAGUAAGGAGGGGAGGUCGGGAGUUGGGAUGGGGGAUUGAUUGCAUCAUGAUACCAAACUGGGGCGGGAGGUUAGGGAAUGGGAAUGAUAAAAGGUGUUUUGGUAGAAGGCGUGCGGGUUUGUGUGUGUUAGCUCCGAGUCCACUA